AGAUCCACAUGCUCAGCAGGCUCCACCCACUCAGGGUGAAGAUCAUGGCCGCACGAUUGAACGGUUUCAGAACAUGCGUCCCCCAACCUUUUCGGGAGUGGAGGGUCCAGCAGCUUUAACGGAGUGGCUCCGUAAGCUAGAAAGGAUCUUCACCAUUGUCACGGACAAGUACUUUCCCAAGAGCUAUCGUGACCAGAAGGAGCGAGAGUUCUAUGAUCUUAAGCAGGAUGCCUCUACAGUCGAUGAGUAUUCUCGGGCCUUCACCCGUUUGAGUGCCUUUGCCCGGCAUAUGGUUGACACUGAGGAGAGAAAGGCUCGUAAGUUUCGAGACGGGCUUCGCCAGGAUAUCCGUGUUUUGGUGGCGAGUCAUGGGGAUCUCCCUUUUGCAGACACCGUCAUCCGUGCUCAACAGAUUGAGAGUUGCAUGACCCCGGUUGUCACCGUCCCUUCCAACUACCAUUCCCAGCCUCCUCAGACUGCUAUCAUCACCCAGCCAGCUAUCUCUGCCCAGCCCUUCUCUGGCUCGCACAAGAGGAGGAAUGACCAUCACUCGGGCCAUAAAAAGUCUAAGCGCCCAGAUACCGGCAAGAAGUCAGUGAGAGCUCAGCAAAUUCAGCAGGUUCCAGGAGGACAGCCGAGAUGUGGAUCAUGCGGUAGAUUCCAUGCAGCAGGAGAGUGUUUCGCUGCCCAAAAGACAUGCUAUAACUGUCAUCGUCUCGGACACUUUGCUCACAAGUGCCCUGAGCCAAAGAGGGAGAAUCCAGGACCGCACCAGCAGCAACUUCAGUACCAGCAGCCACCGCAGCAUCAGCAACAGAACCAGCAGCGACCCAUGGCCCAGGCCCGAGUUUACGCUCUCACCAAUGACGAGGCCGCCAACAACACAGGUACCAUGUCUGGCAUGCUUUCUAUUUCCAACAUGCCUGUAUUUGCCCUAUGUGAUACUGGUGCCACGCAUUCUUUCAUUUCAUCAAGUUGUUUGGAGGCCUUAGGAAUUAGGGAUGUCAGUAAGGUCGACGCUCUCGAGGUUAGCCUAGCCUCGGGAAAGACGAUUGCUACUGAUUCAAUGGUUCGAGGUUUGCAAGUUAAUAUCGGUGGCAGGAACUUGGAGGUCAACACUUAUAUUAUUGAGAUGCGGGACUUCGAUGUGAUUCUCGGCAUGGAUUGGCUCACUCAUUACCGUGCCGACAUCCGAUGCUUGGAGAAGGAGGUCACACUUCACCCAACCAAUGGAGAGUCGAUCGUGUUUUACGGCGCCAAGUCGAGGACUGUACCAAAAGUCAUUUCUUCCCUGAAGGCCAUGAAAGAAAUAUCGAAGGGUAGCUGCCAAGGCUACUUAGUGAGCAUGAUCGGAGAAGGGGAAGAGAAGAGGGCAUCACCAGGGGAUGUGUCAAUCGUAUGUGAGUACCCCGAUGUUUUCCCCGACCAAUUGCCAGGUGGACCACCUAACCGGCAAGUUGAAUUCACCAUCGACUUGCUACCUGGAGCCGGACCUGUCUCGAAGGCCCCUUACCGAAUGGCACUGAAGGAGUUGCAAGAACUCAAGACGCAAAUCCAGGAGCUGCUGAACCUUGGUUUUAUCCGACCGAGUGUUUCACCCUGGGGAGCGCCCGUGCUUUUCGUAAAGAAUAAGGAUGGUUCGAUGCGGAUGUGCAUCAAUUAUCAUGAGCUGAACAAUUUGACGGUCAAGAACAAGUAUCCCUUGCCGAGAAUCGAGGAUCUCUUUGACCAGUUGAGAGGAGCCAGUGUCUUCUCCAAGAUCGAUCUGCGGUCUGGUUAUCAUCAGCUGAAGAUCAAAGAGUCCGAUGUCUCGAAGACUGCCUUUCGGACUAGGUAUGGCCAUUACGAGUUU